AUGGCCCCCCGCGCGGCCGCCAUCCGCCAGACCUGCUGCUGCUUCAACGUUCGCAUCGCCACCACUGCCCUGGCUAUCUACCAUGUGAUCAUGAGUGUAUUGCUGUUCAUUGAGCACUCAGUGGAGGUGGCCCACGGCAAGGCCUCCUGCAGGUUCUCGAAGACAGGCUACCUCAGGAUCGCGGAAUUGAUCUCCAGCUUCCUGCUCAUCACCAUGCUUUUUAACAUCAGCCUGAGCCUGCUGAUCGGCGUGGUCAAGAACCGGGAGAAAUACCUGCUGCCUUUCCUGUCCCUGCAAAUCAUGGACUUCCUCCUGUGCCUGCUCACCCUGCUGGGCUCUUACAUCGAGCUGCCUGCCUACAAGUUCGUCUCCCGGAGCAGCAGCUGGGUGGGCCCCUCCAAGGUCCCACUGAUGACCCUGCAGCUCUUGGAUUUCUGCCUGAGCAUCCUGACUCUCUGCAGCUCCUACAUGGAAGUGCCCACCUAUCUCAACUUCAAGUCCAUGAACCACAUGAAUUACCUCCCCAGCCAGGAAGGUAUGGCUCACAGCCAGUUCAUCAAGAUGAUGGUCAUCUUCUCCAUCGCCUUCAUCACUGUCCUCAUCCUGAAGGUCUACAUGUUCAAGUGUGUGUGGAGAUGCUACAGAUUCAUGAAGUACAUGAACUCGGCCGAGGAGAGGAGCAGCUCCAAGAUGCUGCAGAAGGUGGUCCUGCCAUCCUAUGAGGAAGUCGUGUCUCUGCCAUACAAGAUUCCGGAGGGGGGCCCAGCACCACCCCCAUACUCAGAGGCGUGA